GCCUCUCUCAAACAGCGUCGUCGAUCGAAGAACACAAAAAUCCCAACUUGCACAGAAUCGAAACCCUAGCUCUCUCUCGAAGGAAAUGUCUGGGCGCGGGAAGGGUGGCAAGGGGCUCGGCAAGGGCGGAGCCAAGCGGCACAGGAAGGUCCUCCGCGACAACAUCCAGGGGAUCACCAAGCCUGCCAUCCGCCGUCUCGCCCGCCGUGGAGGCGUCAAGCGAAUCAGCGGCCUCAUCUACGAGGAGACCCGCGGGGUCCUGAAGAUCUUCCUCGAGAACGUCAUCCGCGACGCCGUCACCUACACCGAGCACGCCCGCCGGAAGACCGUGACUGCCAUGGACGUCGUCUACGCCCUCAAGCGACAGGGCAGGACCCUGUACGGCUUCGGCGGCUGAACUAUUUGUUCUCCGAUUUUGGUUUUGGGUUGGAUUGGGCGCCACUGUAAAUUUUAGGGCUUCGUUCUAUGAUCUUGUGAUCUCUUCAGAAGUUCAAUAUCGUGUUGUUUUGCUUUCCGCUCUCUAAAAUUGGAUUUGAAGUUCAAUGGACGGAAGCGCUUUUUGAACUGAAUGUCGUUUAAUCAGUGGUUAUUUUGA